ACAUGGGCAGACUUCUUUCAGGCUUAUGCCGCUUUCAUCACAAACACGAAGAAAAAUCUACCUAUCGCCACGGGUAAUUGGGGAUGCGGAGGGCAUGGUGGAGGCAAUAAGGAACUGAAAAGUCUUAUCCAGAUUCUAGCAGCAGCUAAAGCUGGAAAGGAUCUCAUCUACUACACGUUCAAUGACCCGAAACUUGAGAAAUCCCUUAUUGAACAGUACGAAAAAAUGGUGGAUAUGCACGCAACCAUAGGCCAAAUUUACGGCGCGCUACUCUCGUACAGUAAAAGACGAGAAAAGAGUCCUUCACUUACAGUCUUUGAACAUGUUCUGCACGAACUCGUGUAA